AGCCUGCGGUUUCGUCGCUUCGCCCCGCCAUAUAAAUAUAAGGACGCCUCGGAACCCUAGAAAGCGCUGCAGAGAAACAAAUAGUAAAAAAGGAACCGGGCGGAAAGCAAAAGAAGAAAGAAAGCCAACUGCAUCGCCUGGUCACGUGUCUUCUCUUCUCCUCUCUCUAUCUAGGGUUAUAGAGAGGGAGAGAGAUCGAGGGUUUCCAGGGUUUGAUCUUUGAUUUCUUGAUCCGAAGGCGUGGUAUGGCGGCGAUCCCUAGAGUUCCCUUUGGUUUAAUGGCCGUCGCCGUCCUCAUCUUCGGCAUCGUCUUGCCGGCCGUCCAGGCCCAGGCUGAGGCUCCGGCACCGGCGCCGACCAGCGAUGGGAUGUCGAUUGACCAAGGAAUUGCCUAUGUGCUGAUGCUGGUGGCCCUAAUCCUCACCUAUCUUAUCCAUCCCUUGGAUGCUUCGUCCCCCUACAAGCUCUUCUAAGCCAUUCCAUGUACUGAAUUGAUGGGUUCUGUGAGGAAAGGGAGAGAGCAUGGUUGAACUGGUUGUUCAUUUUGUUUCAAUCUUUUGUGGUUUGGGAUUUGGACUUCUGGUUGUAUUGUUUUGCUUGCCUUGGUUUUAGCUGGAUUCUUUUAUCAUGCACAUCUCCA